GCCGGGGUUGGAGGGGGCGCGGGUGCGUAGGGGCGCGGAGGGGGUGCGGCGCAGCGCGGGAUGCUGCAACGGGUGUUUGUGAAGCUUGUUCCUCUGACUGUUGUCGUUCUGGACGGGGCUUUGCAUGGCCGGGAAUCGAGAGACGCGGUGGGUGGAAGCCGGGCAAGGACCGCCAGACUGCUCGCCCGCGCGUUGCACUCGACGCGAAGACGGAGCAGCUGCCUUGAAACGAGGCCGGGGAAAGGAUGGGGAGGGGUAAGAUGUUUGGAUGAUGCGUGGGGAGCGAGUGUGGCCCGGUCGCGAUAGGGCGAGGUG